GAGGUCUAACUGAAUACUGACCGUGCAAAUGAUCCACCUUCAGAGUUUGUUUGGUCUGAGAGACUUGUUAUGUCGACAGUGUUGUGGAUGUUGUUAUAUACACCAAGAGGUGGCGCCACUUGUAUGCGUGCCGACUCAGGGUGCUUGGCAGUAUGGAGGAGUAAACCAGUUGCACUAUACAACGUGUCGAUUGUGUUUUAAUAAGAUUUCUUUAUAAAUGAAUAUAGACAAGAUAAACAUGGUGUCAGAAGUGGUGUCAAAACGACUACAGAGAAUGCUACUGCGCUUGCAGAAGUACAAUCUGAAGGUUGAAUAUAUACCAGGAUGCAAGAUGUACAUUGCUGAUCUGCUGAGCAGAGCAUAUCUAGAUGAUGAGGGCAAGCAUAAGGAUUCGCUAGUGGAUUAUCAAAUAUUUCAGCUAGCUAGAGAAGAGAAGCUGUUUGAAGAAAUGGCCCAGAUCAAACAAGUCGACUACAUGCGCUUAUCAGGGAGUACGCACGUGCAGAUCAAGGCUUGUACGAGUAACGAUGCAGCAUUACAGACGUUGAUGAGUACAGUCAUGACAGGAUGGCCGCAACUACGUCAAGAAGUGCCGGAGUGCAUUAGAGAGUAUUGGAAUUGCAAGGAAGAUUUGAUCAUGCAGGAUGGUGUGAUAUAUAAGGGCAUGAGAGUACUAGUCCCAGUGAGCAUGAGAUCGCAAAUGAUAUCUCGCUCACAUACCAGUCACCUGGGUUCUGAAGCGUGCAUUCGUCGUGCCAGAGAUGUGUUGUUCUGGCCAGGCAUGGCUAACGAUAUAAGGGAGAGUGUGAAAUCGUGUGCCACAUGCAAUGAAUUUCUGUCGAAGCAGCAGAAAGAGCCACUAAUGACGCACGAGAUUCCUAAACUACCAUGGUCAAAAGUUGGACAAGAUCUGUUUCAACUCAACGGAGAAAGUUAUCUUGUGACGGUAGAUUAUUACAGUGAUUACUUCGAGCUGGAUAAGAUGGAAAACACAUCCAGCGAGUCGGUGAUAGAGGCAACCAAAGUUCACUUUGCUAGACAUGGAAUAGCAGAUAUGGUAACAGACAAUGGACCUCAAUACACAAGUCAGGAAUUUCAGAACUUCAAACAAGAUUGGCAAUUUGUACAUAUAACCAGCUCACCUCUACACAGUCAGAGCAAUGGUAAGGCAGAGUCUGCAGUGAAGAUCGCAAAAAAGCUAGUCAAGAAGGGAGUACGAGACAAUAUUGAUAUUCAGAUGGCAUUACUAGAAUGGCGAAACACGCCAGACGCGAGUGGACGAAGCCCAGCCCAGAAACUGAUGUCACGUCGUACGAGAACACUGAUGCCCACUGCUGAAGGGUUAUUACGACCUGAACUGUGUGAUGGUGUGGAAGAUGAGAUAAAGAGGAGGAGACAGCGAGCAAAACUUUACUAUGACAAGACAGCAAAACCGCUUCCAGAGCUAGAAGUAGGUGAAACGAUUCGCUUGCAACCACCUAACCCGAAACAGCCCUGGAGUAAGGGAUCGUGCAUUGGGAAAGUAGGACCUCGCUCUUACUUAGUGCAGACUGAAAAGGGUGUCUACAGGAGAAAUAGGAAAUUCAUACGAAAAGAUUACACUCGUCAAUCAACAGAUGUUGACAAGAUUGAGACUGAGUGCCAACCGCCGAUGGAUGUACCUGAGACUACGUGCAAGGGAGAUACACGACCAGAUAUUGCCGUCUCAACUCCUGCCCCAGUGACCCUGCGGAUAGAGGAAGAGGAACCGUCUUCUGCAGCUAUAGGGCCUGUCCGAAUAACGACUCGAUCGGGAAGAGUAGUUAAGAAACCAGUCAGAUUUAUUGAUCAAGUUUGAAUUUAGAAGGAAGAUAUGGAUUAUACGAAGUGUUGCAUUGUAUAUCUAAAAUGUAUGUUCAGAGGUUUGUUAGAUAGAGCCAGUUCAUAACUGA